AUGACGUCCCGCGGUGUUCCCUUUGAGGAGGAGGAAGACAUGUUUGCCUCUGGCAAUAAGCGGAACCCGUGGGUGCCAGCAGGUGCCUUCUUGACGGCUGGCGUGCUAGCUGCGGGACUGUAUGCUUUCAAGAAGGGCAACACGCAGAGAAGUCAACAGCUCAUGCGCGCACGAGUCGUCGCUCAGGGGGUCACCAUUGCCAUAAUGGCUGCGUCAGUUGGAGCAGGGGGCUUCUCAAUGGAGGGAGUGGGUGACAAGAAGUAG